CACCCUUUAACCACACCUCUCUAACAAAAACGCUCGAUUCUCCUGAGAGAUCUGGCAACACAGUAGGAGCUACAGCGAUCAGCCGACCGACCGAGCGGGUUUAGUUAGUUAAAAGCUUUUUGCCCUAUACAAGAAGCCCACUCUUUUCAAAAUGGGGGUAAAAGAUCGACCUCAGUGCUAUUUUGAUGUGGAAAUCAACAGAGAACCAGUUGGACGAAUUGUCUUUCAACUGUUCUCAGACGUUUGUCCCAAGACGAGCAAAAACUUUCUUUGGCUGUGCACUGGCGAGAAAGGCAGUGGCAAAACUACAAGAAAAAAAUUAUGCUAUAAAGGCUCAACUUUCCAUCGAGUUGUAAAGAACUUCAUGAUCCAGGGGGGCGAUUUCACGGAGGGCAAUGGAAGAGGAGGAGAAUCUAUAUAUGGUGGUUUCUUUGAAGAUGAGAACUUUACUCUCAAACAUGACAGAGCCUUCCUCUUGUCGAUGGCCAACCGUGGUAAAGACACAAAUGGGUCCCAGUUUUUCAUAACUACAAAGACAGCGCCUCACCUAGAUGGAGUGCAUGUGGUCUUUGGGCUGGUCAUCUCAGGCUUUGAGGUCAUAAAGAAAAUCGAGGGGCUGAAGACUGACUCAGCCAGCAGACCCUAUGCUGACGUCAGAGUGAUUGACUGUGGACAGCUGAUUACAAAGUCUGCUAAUGAUGUUCUUCAAGGCAAAAGGAGGAAAACGUUCCACUCUGAGGAUGACUCGCAGAGUUCCUCAGAGACUUCAUCUCAGUAUUCCUCCUCUGAAGGAGAGUCUGACAAGAAGUGUGCAUCUCGAAAGAGGAAAAGAAACUCUAAGAGUAAGCACUCAAAGAGAAAAAGAAAGGAGACAAAGAAGGAGAGAGACACAGUUAAAACAGCAGUACAUGGAAGUCUUGGUGAGGGAGAGAUGGCAGAGGAAGAUGAUGGUGAGGCUGAGCAAAAUGUGAAAAGGGAGAAGCCUGUGGUUCGACCAGAAGAGAUCCCACCCGUGCCAGAAAACCGUUUCCUGCUCCGCAGAGACAUGCCUUCCCAGGAGGAGACCAUUAAAACGGUUGUACAGGACAUGGUCGUGGCAGCUAAUGACACCAAACCAGCUGUCACAAAAUCUGGACGCAAGAUAAAAGGACGCGGAACUAUGAGGUACCAUACACCCCCACGGUCAAAGUCCAGAUCAGAGUCAGAAGGGGAACGGGGGAGCAGUGAGACUCCCCCACACUGGAAAGAGGAAAUGCAGAGGACCAAGGCUUACCAGCCCCCCAGCGUGGAGAGAUGGAGUAAAGGAGAAAGAUGGGAUGACAGAAGUGACACCCCGAGGUCUAGGUCCAGAUCAGAAGAGCAUUCCUUAAGUGAGGCCUCUGUAAACAGUCGGUAUCAAUCCAGAAAAGAAAAAAAGAAAACCAAACGCAAGAAGAAAAAUAAGAAAAGAAAGCACUCAAAGAAACAUAAAAAGAACAAGACUAAAGAGACCUCCCUGUCUGAGGGUGAGAUGAAUGGGUCUUCAGGUAAAAGGUCAAAACUCUCAGGCCCUACUGAAAGGAGACAUUCUCGAUCACGCUCUCGUUCCUACUCUCGUUCGACCUCGCGUCACUCCCACAGAUCAUAUCAAUCUGAGUCAGAAAGGAGACGUUACCUAUCAAGCUCUUCUAAAGAUUCACGAUCUUAUUCGAAGUCCAGGAGCAGAUCCUAUUCCAGAAGUCGCUCAAGGUCUGAGAGGCGGGGCCGGCCAUCCAUGAGGUCAAGUCGUAGUCGAUCAGGGCGGUCUGUUACACAUUCUAGGUCACUUUCUCGUUCUCGAUCUAGAUACAGGACAAGGUCAAGAACAAGAUCAAAGUCUAGGUAUAGUUCAGAAACCCCACCACGUUCCAGGAAAAGAAAGGAGUUGAGAUCCCCUCGAAAGUCAAAGUCUACAGAGGGUGGUAUUUCCAAAUUAGACAAGCCUGUCCCUAGAUCGGUUCAAGGUGAAGAACCCAAAGCGCCAACAGCAGCAUCUUCAGAGAGUGUCUCUGUUUUGCCUUUGAGUGACAGUCCACCUCCCUCUCGAUGGAAACCAGGCCAGAAACCCUGGAAACCCUCUUACGUCCGCAUCCAAGAGAUUAAUGUAAAGUCAGCCCCAGCUUCUAAUGCACUAAUCAGCCCAUCAUCAAAUGUACCUCUGGAAAAAAAUUCCUCUUCAAAGCCAGACACGGCUGUUAGUCACAAAGGCCUCAGCAGCAGUAAUAAUAAUGUUCCUGAUAGGCUCCUGCAAAGCAGUUUGUCUAGAAGCAGGUCACGUAGUCAAUCAAGAACCAGCAGCAAAUCACUGAGUCAGUACGGCAGCCGAUCUUCCUCCUGCACUAGGUCAGAAUCAUAUGGUUCAAACAAAGAAAGAUCCACUGAAAAAAAGAGAAAACAUUGUAGUUCUCACAAAAAUGACCAAAAUAGGGACAAGCAUGCAAAUCAUGGUAGUGGCCACAAAUAUACAUCUCCCUCCUCAGAGGAUUUAUCUGAUAGUCCAUACAGUCCUCUCCACGGACACAAUGAUUCCUUGGUACAGAGAAACACACUUGAUUGUCUGUCAGAUCUACAAGCAGUGGCAAUGAAAAGCAAGAACCCCAUUCAAAGGAAAGAACCAAACAACAACAAUGCAUCAGGAUGGGAAAGUGAAGGAGAGAACUCAAGUAAGAACACUGCUGCAGAACACAACCAAAUCGCUGUUAAGGAGGAAGGACUUACUGAAACAAAAAAGAGGCAGAUUUUGGCUCGUUGCUGGGAGUCUGAGAGUGACUCUGAAAUGCCAAACAAAAUGGUAGGUGGUGAUGCCAAACAUGUGUCUGAAAAAGAGGAAGGAGAGGCUAGUUCAGAAUCAGAGGAUGAUGACCCUUUAUGGUCAAACCAUGGGGCAGAAAUGCUCAAGCUAUUAAAAGGUAAUGAGGAACAGUCUGCAGACAAAAAAAUUUCAAAACACAAGAAGAAAGCCAAGCGUAAGCACAAGCACAAAAGGAAGAACUCUUCCAGGUCAGGAUCUCGCAGAACCAAGGCAAAGAAAUCCAAGAAGCACCAGAAGCCAAAAGAGACAUUUCACUGGCAGCCUCCACUGGAGUUUGGUGAUGAAGGGGAAGAGGAUGAUUCAGUCACUCAAUCAAAACAAUUACACAUAGCAAAUCCUGAUUCUGUCAGUGAUGCAGUAAAAAGGCAUGUAAAAUCUGGAAAGAUCAAGCCCAAAGUCUCAGAGAAUAAGGAUCAGGAUAAAGGGAUUAUCGAAGACAAGUUUUCAGUAGAGUCUUCUAAAAGUAUUGAUGAGAAUGGGAAAAUGACUAAUCGCAAUAAGGUAAAUCGCAAUACUGCAAUUUCAGCUCAAAGACAUCCAGAGAUUCCAAAGCCAUCCACAGAUCUAGAGACCAAUCUUUCAGACACUAACCUGGCAAGAGCCAAACCAAGAGACCCAAAUAAAGUUGAGAGAUGUUCUCCAGAGCGCAUCCCAGAGGCUCAGCAACCAGGUCCCAAAGCGAUUGGCUUUUCUCCACUGAAAAAUAUUCUGAAUAAUAGCAGUGUGCUUGUUCCACCUCAAAUAGAAAAAGGAAACUCUAAUACUAUUGGACCUACUUUAUCUCAUGGCAGUCAGCCAGAGGAAACUGUACCUGGUGACAGUCCUGUCUCAGCAGUUGAAAAUAAAUGGAAACCUUUGAAAGACAUGAAUGUUAUGCAGCCCAUCAGUACAAAGACUUUCAUUAUGAAAAUAAACAAACAGCAAGAUCAACUGGAUGGAAAGGCUCAGGGUCUCAAAAUUGAGAUCAAGAGCAAGAGUAGAGUCCGUCCAGGAUCCCUCUUUGACGAGGUACGAAAGACGGCUCGGUUAAAUCAGAGACCCAGAAAUCCAGACAGCUCAAGUGAAGAAGACUCUCUUCCAACAACUGGAGAAAGAGCUGGAUCCCUUAAUCACUCUCAGAACAAGUCACGGUCUGUGUCCAGUCACAGGUCCACACGCAGAAGUAGGUCCCAUUCAUAUAGCCACUCCAGGAGCAGGUCCAGAAGCUACACCUACACUUCUAGGAGCUACAGUAGAAGUAGAAGCAGGAGUAGAUACAGUAGAGGGCACUCUCGUUCUCGAAGUAGCACCUACCGAAGAUCUCGCAGUCACACAGACAGUAGGAGCCGUUCUAGAAGUCGAUAUAGAGGUCGACACACAUCAAGGUCUGAGUCUUACGAUAGUUAUUCUAGCCGCAGCCGCAGUCGUAGCAGGAGAAGAGGGCGUCGGAGAAGCGAGAGCUCUGAUCGCAGGUCCAGGUCAUAUCGCUCCUACAGUCGCAGUUCGUCCAGGCAACGAAGUCAUAGCCGAAGCAGUCGAUACAGCUGAGUUAAAUUUAAAAGAGGUAGCAUUAAGCUGCCUUAUCCUCCUUCAAAUGCUUUUUUGAACGAUAGACUCAGUUUAAGUUUUGUGAAGUAUGUAUUUUGAUGUCCACUGUAUCAUCAUGUAAUGUGUAUUUUGAAUAUGUUCUACUGUAUUUUUCCACACGAGUCUAUGUAUGAAUGUCACUGCUUUAUUCUGGUAAAUUUUUCUAUUAUUCCCAAGAAAAUGCGCAUAGAAACUGUUUAAUUGUAAAGCUAAGGUUAUAUAUAAACAGCCACUUACCUCAGUCAUGUUUGGAAGGAUUUUAACAUGCAGUCAAAGGUAGACAAUAGACAUGGAUGGGACAUUUUUAGUUUUGGCCAAAGUAAUGUUUUGUUUAAAAGGUUGGCCCUCAGUGCAUUUUUUUAUUUGUACAUAAAAACAAAAAGCCUUUGCUGAAUGUAUCUAGUGCUGCUUAUUGAUGCACCAUUUAAAUAUAAGAAACGAAACUUGCCAAUUGUAAAUAAAACUACAUUUGUUUGUGAAA